UCUCUCUCCAACAUGCCCCUCAUCUCCACCACACCUAUUGAGGGACAGGAGGGGUGGGUGUGGGACGAGUUCCAGAAGUCAGUGCCCAUGUCUACCUACUUGGUCGCCUUCGCUGUGUUUGACUUUCCCGUCAAAAUCGUAAACGAUGGAACAAAUGGAACCAUGCUUAGAGUGGUGACGAGGAAGGCGAUGCAAGGGCGAACGACUCACGCAGGAGAGAUUGCACUUCGAGUCCUUCACUACUACGAAAGUUACUUCCAAAUCUCUUUCCCGCUCCCAAAAAUUGACUUUAUUACCGUGCCUGAGAAUUCUUUUUCGGCUAUGGAGAACUGGGGUCUCAUCACAUACAGGGAGUCUGGUCUGCUUUAUGACCCCGAGAGCUCUUCAGCGCGACAGAAGCAAUGGACUAGUUACUUGGUAGCUCAUGAACUGGCUCACCAGUGGUUCGGUAACCUCGUGACUCUAUCUUGGUGGACCGACCUGUGGCUUAACGAGGGCUUCGCUACCUAUAUGGCCGAAUAUGCCAUCGAUUAUCUGGAACCGUCAAGAAAGGAGCUGGAGCAGUUUGUAGUGAAGAGACUGCAGUCAGUGAUGACUCUGGAUGCGCUUCGCUCCUCUCACCCUGUCAGUGUUGCUGUCAAUGAUCCCAUCCAGAUUAAUGAGAUCUUCGAUGUCAUCUCCUACAACAAAGGAGCAUCAAUUAUUCGGAUGAUGAGCCACUUUCUAACUGAGGUCGCCUUCAGAAGCGGCCUUCAGACCUACCUUACGCAGUUGAGCUUUAAAAACGCUGACCAGGAUGACCUGUGGCAGUACCUGACGGUGGCGGCGCAUGGUGAGGGUACACUGCCGCAACACCUCUCUGUGAAGACCAUCAUGGACACCUGGACGCUGCAGACGGGAUUUCCCGUCGUAACUGUCACCAGGGUGGGCAACACCUCAGCUGUCAUCACCCAAGAGUACUUUGUGCUAGACGUAAACACAUUGGUGGCUAGGGAGGCACAGACGAAAGCUCACAAGUGGUGGAUUCCUGUGUCGUACACUACUGGGGAGAACCCAAAUUUCAGUGACACCAGUGUCAAGUUCUGGCUCAGUGAUGAUGGUAUUGAGCCAGUCUCAUUCAUCGGCUACCCACAGCCCCAUCACUGGCUUAUUUUCAAUAUCAAACAGACUGGUUACUAUCGCGUGAACUACGAUGAAGCCAACUGGGAUCUCCUGACGCAGCAACUGCAGGAGAAUCACCGGGUUAUCCACGUCACCAACAGAGCUCAGAUCAUCGACGACGCCUUCAACCUCGCCAGGGCAGGUCGACUGUCAUACAGGAUCGCCCUGGAGGUGAUAUCUUAUCUUGGGCAAGAGGAGGAGUACGUGCCGUGGAAGGCAGCCUUCACGAAUUUCCAAUACCUUUUCGACAUGUUCUCCCGGGACCCGUCAUUUGGCGGUGUCAGGGACUACCUUCUGUCAGUCAUCCUACCGUUGUAUGAGAAAUUAGGGUUCCACGAGGCCGCAGAGGAGGCGCUGCCAACGGUGUUGCUAAGAACGAACGUAGUGACUUGGGUCUGCUACCUGGGCCACCCUCACUGUCGGCUCGAAUCGCUCAGUCUUUUUAGGAGAUGGAAGACUGACCCAGUAAAUUUUAAAGGGAUUUCGUCAAACAUAGCAUCCGCUGUGUUCUGCACAGCUAUCAGGGAGGGCGGGGAGGAGGAAUGGAACUUCGCCUGGAGGUACACCAGGGCCAACAGCGGCGUCAGUAUUCCUGAAUUGAAAGAUGCUCUUGCCUGCACCAGCGAAAUAUGGUUGUUAUCGAGGUACCUAGAGGGAGCGUUCACCACGGGUUCAGGAAUGCGUCGUCAAGACGCUGGCAGAACUUUCACUAACGUCGCUGUUGACGGAAUAGGAACCUUAAUAGCUUGGGACUUUCUCAGAGCCAACUGGAACAGAAUCACAGAUUACAUUGGUACCACAUUCUUCACUCUUCCCAAGAUGGUGCAAGAGGUAUCCAGGUCGUUCAACACUCCGCAGCUCUUGGCUGAGCUGGAAGAGUUUCAACGAGUCAACGAGGGACGCUUGCUGAUGGCAGAGCGAGCAGUGGCACAGGCGCUGGAGAGCACAAGAAUCAAUCUGGCCUGGAUGCAGAAGAACAAGGCGUUCAUCGUUGACUGGCUUACACAGAAAGGCUUCUCGUCCCGGCUUUCCGAUAUUUAGAAGAACUUAAGAAAACAUAGGAAUGGAGGAACUUUGCAGCAGGCCUACUGGACCAUACAUGGCAUGUCCUUUAGCCCGUUCAUGGGAGCUGAGUCACUCCCAGGAACUGUAUUACACAUUGUCAUACUUUUAAUGGGUUUGUAUUAAAUUUUGAACAUUCAUACAUAAAAAAUAAGUCGAAUAUAAAAUAAAUUUCUUCAUAGCUAAGAAACUGAAAAUGAUCACUGUACGACAUCUCGACCUAAUCUCGUACCAUUAUUAAGAUUCGAGUAACUUGAUAAAUGAGUGAUUCGGGAGACGCAAAUGUUAAAUUUUUCAUUUCGACUUUGUGGGAAGGUUGAUUUAUUCCAGCCAUGAAAUUGUGGGUUUGUAAUGAUCUGUUUCAGCCACGAUGCUGUGGGUAGUUAUGAAUUUUAUCCAGCCAUGAUUUUGUAGGUAACAAUUAUGAAUUGUUCCAACCACGAUAUUGUGGUUUACUGUAUUUAUAAAUUGUUCCAACCACGAUAUUGUGGUUUACUGUGUUUAUAAACUGUUCCAACCACGAUAUUGAGGUUUACUGUAUUUAUAAAUUGUUCCAACCACGAUAUUGAGGUUUACUGUAUUUAUAAAUUGUUCCAACCACGAUAUUGAGGUUUACUGUAUUUAUAAAUUGUUCCAACCACGAUAUUGUGGUUUACUGUAUUUAUAAAUUGUUCCAGGCAUGAUAUUGUGAGUUAUGAAUUGUUCCAUCCACUAUAUUGUGUAUUAUAAACUGCUUAAGCCAUAGUACUGUUAUGGUUUGUUCCAGAUAUUGGGACUAAUUCUCCCUGACUGUUACACUGUCUGGAAAAACUUAUCCCAAAUCUCAUUAUUACCAGUGUCAUACACAUAGGGAUGCUCUAACCCCGUAAGGGUCAUAGAGUACCCGAUGCACGCAAAGCUUGAUCCAAGGUAGGGGAGGGAAGCUCCAUCUCCUUGGAUCAAUAGUCAUCAUUAAUGCACCUCAUUUGAACUGAUUAAGCUUAAUAAAAAUAUUUUAUUUAUCAACAA